AGAGAACUACAAACCGCCGGCAUCCAAGGCCGUUAUAGACGCUCUGCCCACAUCUCUAAUCAACGCCGAGGAUGAAGGUAGGUAUAGGCUAUAUGCAGCGCACUGUACGACCCAGAAGUACCUGAACAUUGUCUGUGUGAGUAUCGUGGAUGCGAGUGCUUGCUCACAGCCUUAUACAUGCGUGUCGGUUGGUAUAUCGACUGCAAUUGUUGAGGCGUAA